AUGUCUUUAUACUAUGAGACAGCCGAGGUACUAUCCCUGCCGGCCUCUACGGGCGGCAGCCUGAAGAGUCGUGUCUUUGGGAAGAAGGAUCACAAAACCGCACCUCAGCAGAUCUACGCCCUAGCUGCAGAAACGUGCAAGUGGAGCUCUGUUCUGAAGGAGGUCAUUGAGAACGCAGACAUUCUCCGUCUCGAGCGCAAGCUCACUCCUGUCCUGGCCCUUUUGCUGGUGCACGACUUGCUCCUCUCGAAAGGCGGCAUCGCUCUCCCUGCUUCGCACGGGCUGAGAGCAUCCAUUGAGCGUCACAAGGCCCGCCUGGCGUCAGAGUUGACUAGAGCCAGAAUCAAGAGGAAAGCGGCAUCCAUAGAUGCCCUGCGCCAACAGGUCGAGGCAGAAUCAGCAAAGUCAACCCCCCAGCAUCCUCGCUGGGUACGGGUCAAUGCUCUCCUAUCAUCGCUCGAGGAGCAGCUGGAAAGUACUUUCAAAGCCUUCGAAAGAGUUUAUGCAAUUGGAGACGUUACUUUAACGAGUAAAAACUCAUUAUACAUCGAUGAGCACGUCCCGAAUCUUAUCGCCAUCACGCCAAGCUUCCAGAUCAUCAAAACAAACGCCUAUAAGACAGGUGCCAUUAUACUCCAGGACAAGGCAUCCUGCUUUCCCGCAUACCUUCUUGACCCCCACGUCGAGGACGGAGACAUCAUUGACUCAUGUGCGGCGCCAGGAAACAAGACAACACACCUCGCCUCGAUAAUCUCUUCUCACACACCUGAGACAGACGGCAGGCCGCCGAAAGUGUUCGCUUUCGAGCGCAACCCACACCGUGCCAAAACUCUAGAAAGCAUGGUGAAGCUGGCUGGCGGGAACAAAAUCAUCCACGUUACACCCAGACAGGACUUUUUAAAGGUUGAUCCCCAACACAAGCUCUACAAGAAUGUCGGAUGCCUCCUUCUUGACCCAAGUUGUUCCGGAAGCGGAAUUGUUGGCCGCGAGGUGUUGCCCAUUAUUCACUUGCCGGAAGCAAAGGAUUCUGUUGCCCCGAGACCUAAGAACAAAGAGGACCGUAAGCGGAAACGGGCGCCAGACGACACUGCGGAGCCAGAGGCACGGGUGUUGAUUGACGACGAUGGUCAACAGACUGUCGUGUCUUCUGAGCAGGAGCUACAAGCACGUCUAGACACCCUAUCGUCAUUCCAGCUAAUGUUGCUGGAGCAUGCAUUCAAAUUUCCAGCGGCGAAGAGAAUUACAUACUCUACUUGCUCGAUUCAUUCCCAGGAGAAUGAGCAAGUCGUCAUGAAGGCGCUACACUCCAAUGUGGCGAGAGCUCGCGGUUGGCGAAUACUAACACGAGACCGUCAAGUUCGGGGGAUGAAGGAGUGGCCUGUUCGAGGAACAAUCGAUGGUGCUGAUGGCGAUCGAACCAUUGCAGAUGCCUGCAUACGCUCCUAUAACAAUGAUGGUAUGGGCGUUAUGGGCUUCUUUGUCGCAGCAUUUGUUCGUGAGACGCCUGAAGGUAUGGUUGACGACGAGGGGCCAUAUCUGCGUGACGAACAAGGUUGUAUUGUCAGGGAUGUACUGGGGAUGCCGCAAUCGAAGGCGAACGAGACCUCACAACGCUCAACAGCCACUUGUGACAACUCUGUAGCCGACGGAGACGGAAGUGAGAGCGACUCGGAGGAAUGGGAUGGUUUUGCUGAUUAG